CUUCUCCUUCUCUCCCCACACCUCUCACUUCCUCCUCUUCUACCCCUGUUCAUCUAUUCUCUUUCACAUUCUUUUCACUCUCCUCUCUCGCUUCUCCUUCCAGGUUUUGGGAUUUUCAUGUCUUUGCUUUCUUCCUUUGGAUAGGGUUUGAUUUUUAUGUGUUUUCUUGGAGAUUUGGGCGUGGAGUAGGGUGUGUUACUCGUCAUUGUUUUCUGCUCUGGUUACAGAGCUAUUUUGUUGCAUUUCGCCUCAUUUUUUGCGGGAUAGCUAGGGUUUAGGCCUUGCUUUGAGCUUCUUGGGUAGAAGGUUGUGGUUUUGGUUAGGUUUUUGAGCUAGAACAAGGGUUUCUUUACUGUCUACCUCGCAUUUUCCUCGAUUUCUCUUGCGGAAACAAGGAUUCUUACCUGACAGUUUCGCCAUUUUUGCUACAUUUGGCUCUUGGCUUCGACGAUUCGAGGAGAGAUUUUUCUGUAGAGAAGAAGCACAGCACAGUAGGCAUGAUGGGGCCAGGCUCUGUGGAUGGCGCUGAUACUGACAUUUGCGGGGAUUUCUUCGAUCACAUCGAAGAUUUACUGGAUUUCCCCAAUGAGGAAGAGAUUGUUGGAAUUGGAGGAGGUGUUGGAGACGUUGGGAAUGGUGGGUUUCUGGAAGGAAGUUGGCCGAGCGUUCCUGAAGAGCUUCUGCCCUUUUCGAACUCUGCUUUCUCUGGCAUCAGCAGCAGCACCACCACCACCAGCACCAGUCAAAACACUGAGGAAGACCUUGCAGCCGAGCUCUCCGUUUCCUGUGAGGAUAUUGCUCAGCUGGAGUGGCUGUCCACCUUUGUGGAGGACUCGUUCUCUGCUGGAAGCAUCGACCUUGACAAUGACCACAAUAACAAGGAACCUCAGUUCAGGACUUCAAGCCCCGUCUCUGUUCUUGAAACCAGCUCCUGCUCUGGAAAACCAAUGCUGCUCGGUCCUGAUACCAUUGUCCCAGGCCGUGCUCGUAGCAAGCGCCCGCGUCCUGCUUCAUUCUCCCCCCGUCAGGGUCCUAUCGUCUCCUCAGCCUCAUCUGAGAACCACAACACCACCCCACUUCUCCUGGCUUCCUCAUUCCCAUCUGAGCUCAAGCAUUUUGCGGAAUCUGUGCCGCAGCCGAAGAAGGUACCCAAGAAGAAGAAGCUGAUACUGCCUCUGCCGCCUGCAGGGGAUCAAGAGGCAUCGAAACCAGUACGCAAGUGCAUGCACUGUGAGAUACAGAAGACCCCGCAAUGGCGGAUGGGCCCAAUGGGGCCCAAGACACUCUGCAAUGCGUGUGGGGUCCGUUACAAGUCGGGCCGGCUGUAUCCAGAGUACCGGCCUGCAGCGAGCCCGACGUAUGUGGCAGCUGUGCACUCGAAUUCCCACAAGAAGGUGCUGGAGAUGAGGGUGAAGACUGGGCAGAAGGCACCAGCGCCAGUUCCAGAAUUUGUUAGGAAGACUAGUCACUUGCUGGAUUGCAACUGAGGGACGAUGGAAAGAGAAAAUAUUCCUAAGUUGGAUUGUCCUCUUUUUUUCUUUCUUUUUAUUUUUUUUUCAUUUUUUGUACAAA